UCAUGCUGCUGCCAGGUCCAGAGUCUCUCAUGGGUCCCUGUACGGCCUCCCAUUGCUGCUGUCUCCAUCGCCACACUCUGCCAUGUGCCACUUUCAGGUCUCCUCACACUGCUGGUGUGUUCCAUUUUUUGUCAUAGGGUGCUGGCAGAUUACGGGCCUCCCAUAGCUGCUGCCAGGCCCCUAAUCUGCCAUGGGCCCCUGUACCGCCUCCUCAUGCUGCUGCCAGGUCCAGAGUCUCUCAUGGGUCCCUGUACGGCCUCCCAUUGCUGCUGUCUCCAUCGCCACACUCUGCAUGCCAUGUGCCACUUUCAGGUCUCCUCACACUGCUGGUGUGUUCCAUUUUUUGUC